AUGAAAAAGGCCGUCAAGUCCAUCCUAAAGAGAUCAUCCUCCCCAAAAGUUUCCAAGAGAGCAACCCAACUAGAGGAAACUAUUUGGUCUACCUAUACUCCUUUGGCAGUUGCUAAUAAUGCUGUAAAUUUGGGACAAGGAUUUCCUGAUUGGAAGGUGGAUGAUUUUGUCCUGCAAGCUUUCGCCAAUCAAGCAGGUCAACCUGUUCAUCAAUAUGCCAAAGCUCAUGGUGAUCCGAUUCUUGUUCAAGCUUUGCAAAGACUUUACAAUGACAGCUCUCUUUCUGGAUUUAAAUAUGGAAGCUUUUCUCCAGAAGAAAUUCUAGUUACCAAUGGUGCAAGCGAUGCGCUCUAUAUUGUUAUUCAAUCAUUGGUCAACCCAGGUGACGAGGUCAUUAUCAUUGAACCAUUUUAUGACGCCUACAAAUCAGCUGUUGAGCUAUCUGGAGCAAAACCUGUGUAUAUUCCUUUGCGACCUCCAGAAAAAUACAUAGAUGAGAAUGUAAGAAGUGCUCAAGAAUGGAAAUUGGACAUUCACGAAUUGCGUUCAAAGAUCACAAAAAAAACUAAGGCAAUAAUUUUAAACACUCCUCACAAUCCAACUGGUAAAGUGUUUGAUGUGAAAGAAUUGGAACAAAUAUCGCAAAUUGUCCUUUCUCAUAAGAAUCUCUUUGUGAUUAGUGAUGAGGUUUAUGAAUUUUUAACAUUCAAUAGACAAUUUUGUAACAGAAUUUCAAAUAUUGAUGGAAUGUUCGACAGAACUCUAAGUAUUAGCUCUGUAGGAAAAACAUUUUCCGUAACUGGAUGGAAAAUUGGGUGGAUAUUGGGUCCAAAGUCACUCAUAAGAUCAUGCUAUUUAGUGAAUCAAUAUAUCAAGUUUUGUAUUAGCACUCCACUUCAAAGAGCCACUGCAGAAUGUAUUCAUUAUGCUAUUGACAAUGAUUACUUUUCUGUGAUUAGGAACAGACUUUUGGAGAGACGUGACAUGCUUUCAAAAAUGCUCGUUUCUUCGAACGUCAAACCUCUGAUGGCAGAAGGUGGAUAUUUCUUGUUGACAGAUGUUUCAAACGUACAAUUUCCGUAUGAACCAAACAAUCCAGAUACUAGGGAUGUUCAAUUUUGCAAAUGGCUUCCACAAAGCGAUGUAAAGUUGGCGGCCAUUCCACCAAGCGCCUUCUACUCCAACGAGCAUAAACACAUGGUCAAAGAUUUUGCCAGGUUUUGCUUUUGUAAAAAAGAAGAAACUAUUUUGGCUGCAGAAAAGAGUUUGGAAGUUCUUAGAAAAUAUACCAAAUAA